GUUUGGUAGGAAACCAAUGGAAAUCUUUAAACGGUUCCCGCGCUUUCAAGAACACAGGAUCUUCCAUAUGCCCAUCACGCGUGAACCAGUGCACGCCGGACGUACAUAGUACAUGUACACACUUUACGUACGCCUGCACGUACGCGCAAUUGUUACUACGCGAGUUUCACAUGGACGGACUUUCGAUGUGGUCUGCGUAGCUCGAUUGAACCCCAGAAGUUUUAAACGCAGCAGUUCAGAGCGACAUGUCUGAUCAGGUUGGGCAGGAAAACAAGCCGGGCACCAACGAGGGCGAAAAUGCGAAAGGCGCCACUUCGACCGGCACAGACUCGAUCAAAAUCAAAGUCAGGGAUGAGAUGGGCACGGAGGUUCUGUUCAAAGUCAAAAUGAGCACUCAGAUGAGGAAAAUCAAGGAAAAAUACUGUGAGAAAGCGAGUAAAAAUGUAAGCAACAUUAGGUUUCUCUUUGAUGGGGAGACGAUAAGUGAUGACACAACACCGAAAGAGCUUCAGAUGGAGGCGGAGGACAUCAUCGAAGUGGUCUCAUCGCAGACGGGAGGGCGCCACACGCCCCGCUACUGACACCCACUGCUCUGAGACACCUUGAAUGUUCAUCUGUCCUCCGGGGGGGGCUCUGGUCUGAUGCAGGUGGGCUUCUCUCUCUUCAAGAGGAGAACAAAGAUGUGACUGGCACGACUAAGUUGUUUUCAAUUCCCGUAAUCUCUGAGUUUCUCCAAAGUGCGCCCCACUUUGGUCAGUGACUCUGGCAGGGAGCAUUUUUCCGCAAGACAACAAUUAACCUUGUCCAUUAAAAUUUCUGCAGUGGAUCAAGUACAAGAGACACGUAAAUAUGGAAUUCUUUUUGACGCAUGAUGGUGGCCACAGAGACAAACGUGUACUUCAGAUUUUUUUUUACAUGUACAUAAAAUUUAAUUGCUUUGUUAUCGGUGAAAAAUAUGGCAAUAUUUAUUUGGAAAAAACCACCAUACUUUAUUCUGUGUCUCAAAGUAAAAUUUCCUAAAAUUCCAGUCAUUCCCCCCCUCCCCGCCGCCUUGGUAAGAUAAUCCCCUCCCCAACAAAAUUGACCAAGAUACAUCCUGAGUUGCACAUUGGCAUCUUGGUCUAGUAACUGUAGGCAAGGGGGCAGUGUCAAAGCAUUCUCCUUUCAAGAUGGUUGGCACCAUGCCACAAUUGUUUUUGGAUACUGUAAAAGAAAAGUGGCCUUAGUGAGCCAAAUAUCCAGGAGUGCUGAAGUUGCGAUUGUCCGUGGCCAUAGAGUCAAGUAAUUAGAAAAAAGCACCCAGAGGUCCUGUUUGUCAAGUUUAAGAUGUACAUGGUUUUUUCCCAGACCUUUGAUGUAAACGUGCGGUGUUACAUAGGACGUGCCCUCCACAAUGUUCACGUAUCGGAGUUUCCCUUCCCUUUUUUUUCGGUACAUGUAUUAUAUGCACAUGCAAAUGCUCCUUGGGAAAAUGUACAGCAGUGUAAACUCCAUUGUAUCCCUAGUUUGUGUAUGCUGCCAAGAUGUGUGGAGUUUUUCAUACACUGCAUUAACCAAAGAUUGCCGUCGGGAAACUGACUUGGACCCGUCUUUGCCAAGAGAAUCUAUAUGAUUCUGCAAGGGCCACAAUUUGAAUGUUAGCGUUUGUUUCCGUCAUUCUUGUCUUGUUUCGCGAAACAUUUUUUGAAACAUUGAACUUGAUGUAUGUACAGUGUGUCAAAUUAAACCAAUUGGUUCAUUCCAUUUACAGAUUUAGGGGUAAACAAAUACACUAUCUACAGGCUUCAGGUUUUAGUGUUGUAACAAGAACCAGUCUUCAGAGUUUUUGUGUUCACCUGUCUCGAAUUUGUACAAAAAUCAUAAUAAAGCUAAGAGAACGGGAUUGAUGAGAUCUAGUUGUCAACGGAGGGGUUUUGUUCAAGAUAACAAAUUGGUCUUCAGAACGUCAACCUUAUGCAAUUGGAACUAAUUUUUUUUUUUGUUUUAAACUGCUAAGCUUAGGAUGUACUGGGCAUGUAGCAGUGCGAAAUACCAGCAAAAGGGUAUACAUACGUAAUGAGAUAUUAGCUGGUAACCAGGGAUAUACGCUCAACAUCUUAAGCCCAGCAGUUUUUCAGACCCAGGUGAUUGAAUAAAAUCAAGAGCCUUUUUUUUUUUUUCAUUUAUAAGGAGACAGUUGAUCGGUUGCUGCGUCAGGUGUUUUCAGUCGUUCUCUCUUCAGUGUAAAAAUAAUGUGUUGGAUUGCUUGCAGGUAAAUGAAGAGUCGUUUCUCAAAUAAGAUUCUGUCCAAAGGGGGAAAUAGGAGAAGAACCAGGAGUAGGAGUUUUGUGUGGUGUUCUAGUUCGAUGUGUUUUAGGUAAUUUUAGCCAGAAAUUUAUCUUUCUAUAUAAAUACACUGUAAUAUGAAGACGCAUGUGAAUAUAACCCUCAUGCAUUGCUUACUGUACAGUUUAGUACUAGUGUUGUUACCUACCGUAUCACAUGCUUUUAAUGGAAUCAGUUCUUUAUCGUAGAUUUUGCUGUCUUUUGUUUCUGUCUUAUUGGCCAAAGAGGGCGAAUUGGCACGACUGAGCUAAAACCGCCAAUUUUGGCUUGGUAUUUUGUGAAUUUGAUUGUUUCAUUUUUCUAGUCUAGUCUCUAAGUGUCGUUUUUCCUUCACCUAAACUGUACACCGCCUGUACCUUGUUCGUUUUGGUCAUGUUCCCUGACCCAUAAAUGCAAGUACCAGCCUGAUUUUAGUCAGUCUUGAUGAGUCGAGGUCAGUUAAGUUAGGCACAAACCGGAAGUCAGGGCUAACUUGACUUGUCCCCUGGUAAACUGGGCGCUAACAGGAGAAGCAGCGCGCCUUGGAGAACGUCAAAUUGAAUGUAAAUAUGGCCCGCUGACCUGUCUCGGUCAAGUGAAACUUUCAGCAGGGGUGAGAUUUGUAAGGAUUUUCCCUGAUUUGGGGUUUCGUUUUAAAUGAUCCCUUUAAAAAUGUUGGAAAUACUGUGUAAAAUGAAAGUGUUUUGGGGUAUAAAUGUUGAUAUUGAACACAAGAUAUGGGUAUCAAACAGAUGCAGUCAUUGCAUGUAUAGACAAACACAAAAUGAAGUUUACCAUAGAUUCCAUGCUACCGUGGGGCCCUCAAAGCCUCCGAGUACUUUUGUAGAUCUUUAAUUUUCCUCCAGUCUGACUCCAGACUCGGCCUAAUUUUACUGGCUAUCAAAAAGAGAGCCGAGGUACUUUAAAACGUUUGGAUUUUCGGCAAGCUUUGAAAAGUAAAAAUUGUAUCAUAUUCGUCUUUUUCUUCUCGAGUUGAGUGCACAUCGUCAAGUAAACCCAUUCUGGUUGAAAAGAAGAGCACUUUUCAAAUCAAAUUUUAUGUUUGGGUUAAGGGGAUUGUGAAGUCAUUGCAAACGUAUAAGGACUUGUCAAUUUUCCAUUUGUUUAAAAAAGUUUCCACCAGAUAUCAGUGUCUUUGUUUUUCGUGCGUGUCGUCUGCCGCUGGAUACCGUCUCUUUCUCUGUACAAUGAUACUUUCAAUAAAAUUCAUUUUGAGAACGGCG